AUGAAUCGUGAUUUCAUUGUCGCCGUUAUUCUUGUGCUUUCGUCUUGUUUCCUGUAUGAAACCAACGCCUUUAACAAGACAGGAUCAUGCCAUUAUUUUAGUGAUCCACAUCUUGAACCAUUUCCAACACAAUCUGGUAUGACUGCAAAUAUGUAUAUAUGCCGGCCUAACUGUACAGAAAUACUGAUCAGAAAUGACUUUCUGGAGAUUUAUGUUACUUCACGUUCAACUGCAGGCAAAUAUUUUAUCGUUGAGUACACAAUGGUAUUUUUUCCAACUAAAAAGUAUUCGUCUCCUUGUGUCAUCACUGCGAACGUUGAUAAUCCAUCCAUUUCAUCAUUAACAUGUCCGUCUGGUAGUCCAGCUGAUUCAUUUGGAAAUGGUCCUCAACGACACUAUUUUCAUUUGACUAAAAAUAUUAAAGUCGAUAUAGAAGAUGCGGGAACCUUUUAUAACAUUCUUAUUACUCAAUCCUUUCAUCUGAUCGCUCAGUCAACUGGUAUCUGUAUUAACUGGGACUGUGAAUUAGAAUAUUCAAGUGCAAAACGCAAGAAACGACAGAUUCAAUCAUCCGAUUCCAUAAUUUCUCAAGUAUGUAGUAUAUUCAUUAAUAGUGCACAAGGAAAAAUCACAGAUGGUAUGAAUAAAAAUCUUAUUGAAGCUCAACGUGUCGCAUGUGAAUAUGACUUAAACACGACACGUGAUCCAAGGUGUGCUCGACAUGUUGUAACAUCUAUUCUACGAGAUAGUGUGAACAAAUACGAAAACGAUGACAAUUUUCAAGAUCGUCUACUCGAGAUUGAUGCUUUAACUGAAGAAACAAUUAAACAAGCAAAUCAAGACGCCAAUAAUCUUAUUCAACAGUCGGGUUUUGUUUGUCAAUCUGACACGGAUCAAAAUCAAUGUCUUCAAUUAAUUGAUGAUACCAAAUAG